CACCACUUGGAUAACAGCUUUCAUUUAAAAAAAACAACAAGAAACAGAACACGAAUGUGAAAAAAAAAACAGCUGUAAGAUGAUGCAAAACACAGCAGCACCGGCCGCAGAGAGAGGGGGCGGAGAUUGUUGUACAUUGAGCCAAUGGUUGUAGCCUGACGUCCAGGAAUAUACAUAUCUAUGAGUUCUCUUACAGUAGAAGCAGCGUGACACAACCAGAAAUAGACUGUACAAACUUGACUGUACUUCGAGGGAGUGUGUCUAAAAUAUAGGCCUAAAUAGAAAAAAAAAAUAAAAGUGAAGAAAAAAUAAAAAACGCUCUUGUUAAAAUCACUUUCGUUAUGGACUACAUAUUAAUGGUUUGGCUUAUUUUUCACUCAUGGCUAAGCGAGGCGCACCAAGAGAGACACCAUGUCUACUACAGGUUUACAGUCCUGACUAAAGCAGGCCUAUCCCCUCCGUUCAGUGCUGUGGGAGUGUAUGAUGACAAACAGUUCAUUCACUACUAUAAUAACUUGAUAAGAGUGAAUUUGACUGAAUAUGAUGGGAUCGUACUUCUUCCAGAACCAGGUGAAUCUAGAGUCUGGUACAAAGAUCUGCUGAAGACUCUGUCAAACUGCACAAACUCUCAGUGUUCUGAUCAUGUUCUUCAGAGAAUAAUUGGCUGCAAACUGGAGAAACUUCCUGAUGGAACAGUCAAGAAUCUGACUGUCUUUGAUGAAUAUGGAUUUGAUGGAGAGGAUUUUAUAUCCUUUAAUUCUGACACUAUGAAGUGGAUUGAUAAAAGCCCCAAAGCCAAAGAAACCAAAGAGGAAUGGGAUCUUCAAACAGACCGCAACAAGUUCAUCAAGAAUUACCUUGAGAAAUGUGUGCACACGAUCUCCACAUAUAACAACACUAAUAUGAGUUCUCCAGAUGUUCAUGUCUUUGUGAGGAAAUCUCCUGAUGAUGACAGUAAUCUGGUUCUGAUGUGUCUGGCCACUGGUUUCUACCCCAGAGAUGUUCAGAUGAACAUUAGAUUGAACAGAACUAAACUUGAGGAUCAAACAUCUUCUGGAAUCAGACCAAAUGAUGAUGAAACCUUUCAGAUGAGAAUCAGUGUGAAGAUCGACAGAAAUGAUAAAGGAUCUUAUGAUUGUCUGCUCAUUCACAGCAGUCUGACUGAACCAGUGUCAGUAGAAUGGGAUGGAAAAUGUUCUAACUGUGAAUCAGAUCGUCGAAGGGAUGUUGGAGCAGUAGCAGUAGUUCUCCUUCUCGCUGUGAUUGUGAUUGUGAUUUACUUCAUCUCCAGAAGGAGAAGGCCAAAUAGUGUGAUGACAUGGAGGUGCAGUUAUGGCUCAACAGAUGAUCAGACAGAAGAUGAUCUGUUUAGACUGUAGAGGAGAAUAUUAUUAUGAUGAGGACCACAUAUCAUCAUCUACACACAGUUUACAACUUUGGCCUGUUGUACGUCCCAGGUGAAAAUGACAGUUUCAGUGCAGCUUCAAAGCGUUCUACGCGAUCCCAGAUGAGGAAUAAGGAC